AUGGUCCCGGCAGAAAUACACACGUGUCGGGUUACCAAGAUGGCAGUAACAAAAAAGCCUGCGCCUAAAAAGGCCCAAUUGCAACAGAAGGGUGGCAAGAAAGGAGUUAAAGGUGGCAAAAUCCGUGGUAAGGGCAUCAAGCGGAAGAUCAACUUAAAGUUCACAAUUGAUUGCACACACCCCACCGAGGACAGCAUCCUUGACGUCGGCAACUUCGAGAAGUAUCUAAAGGAGCGCGUUAAAGUCGAGGGUAAAACAAAUAACCUCGGCAAUCACGUUGUCAUCGCCAGGGACAAGACUAAGAUCACCAUUAAUGCAGACAUUGCUUUUUCAAAGAGGUACCUGAAGUAUCUAACAAAGCGUUACCUCAAGAAGAACAACCUCCGUGACUGGCUGAGAGUGGUGGCAUCCUCGCACGACUCAUAUGAGCUUCGUUACUUCAAUAUCAAUGCUGACAGCGACAAUGAAGACAAUGAAGAUUGA